AUGCUUCUUCCCAAGGGCGGCAUCACCUGGAAGUCCGCCAAGGCACAACUACCUCCCACCAGGGCGGUAUGGCUUUUCGUGACGAGAACACGGUUUCUCCUGUCCAUUGCCAUCGCCGGCAUCAUAUUAUUGCUAUGGCGCGGCAUCAGAUCGUCGGCGAAUGAAAUGCAAAGUUUCUACUGCUGGGGCCCGUCGAAACCACCGAUGGACAUGUCGCUCAAUGAGCAGCAAGCAUGGAAUGCCCACCUGCAGACGCCAGUAAUCUUCAACCACCAUACCCCGAUAGAAGUCAACGAGUCCUCCAUCGUUUCCGUCAACCUGAACCCCAUCAAGUCUACUCGCCAAGCCGUCAAGAACGACGAGCGAGUCCUCAUUCUGACGCCCCUGAAAGACGCCGCCCCCUACCUGAGCAAGUACUUUGAACUCAUCGCUGAGUUGACCUACCCCCACCAUUUGAUCGACCUCGCUUUCCUUGUUGGUGACUCCAAUGACGAUACCCUGGGAGUCCUGGCAAUGGAGCUGGAGCGCAUCCAGAAGCGUCCGGAUAAGAUUCCCUUCCGAAGCGCCAUGGUUGUCGAGAAGGACUUCCACUUCCAGCUCAGCCAGUCCGUCGAGGACAGACACGGGUUCGAAGCUCAGGGCCCGCGACGCAAGGCCAUGGGGCGCGCACGAAACUACCUCCUAUCGGCUGCCCUCAAGCCGGAGCACUCGUGGGUCUUCUGGCGCGAUGUCGACAUCGUCGACAGCCCAAAGAAGAUUUUAGAGGACUUCAUCGCUCAUGACCGCGAUAUUAUUGUGCCGAACAUCUGGUUCCACCGCUACAAGGAUGGGCGUGACAUUGAAGGCCGAUUCGACUACAACUCGUGGGUUGAAUCUGACAAGGGCCUGAAGCUCGCAAAUAGCCUGAGCAAAGACACGGUGCUUGCUGAAGGGUACAAGCAGUACGACACUGGACGUCAACACAUGGCCCGUAUGGGUGACUGGCGGAACGACAAGGACGAGGAAAUAGAGCUGGACGGCAUCGGCGGUGUCAACAUUCUCGUAAAGGCUGAUGUUCACCGAUCAGGUAUCAAUUUCCCUUGCUAUCCUUUCGAAAACCAGGCCGAAACAGAAGGAUUCGCAAAGAUGGCCAAGCGGGCGGGAUACGAAGUCAUUGGUCUGCCGAACUACGUUGUCUGGCAUAUCGACACCGACGAGAAGCCCGGUAACGCUUAG